CGUCACAUGAGGGCGACACACAUCUUUGUCAGUGAACAAAAUGGCGUCUUACUGUUUGACUGUCACCAGACUGCGGCUGGCCCUCGGAAGCGGGGCGAGGCGUCUACAUGUCUCCUCGGCCUUCAGCGCCAAGGUGGCCAUGAGCCGCUUUGAGCCCAACAGCAGCGUGAACUAUGGGAAGCUGCACGAGAACAUCAACAUUGUGCGCCAAAGGCUCGGCCGUCCUCUCACUCUGUCGGAGAAGAUCGUGUACGGUCAUCUGGACGAUCCAGUGGGGCAGGAUAUCGCCCGUGGCCGCACCUACCUGCGCCUGCGUCCCGACCGCGUGGCCAUGCAGGACGCCACGGCUCAGAUGGCAAUGCUUCAGUUCAUCAGCAGCGGUUUGCCCAGGGUGGCUGUUCCCUCCACCAUCCACUGCGAUCAUCUGAUCGAGGCCCAGAUCGGAGGGGUGGAGGACCUGCAGAGGGCCAAGGAAGUAAACGAGGAAGUGUACAACUUCCUGGCCUCGGCUGGGGCCAAGUACGGAGUGGGCUUCUGGAAACCCGGAUCAGGAAUCAUCCAUCAGAUCAUCCUGGAGAACUAUGCAUACCCUGGAGUGAUGCUGAUCGGUACAGACUCACACACUCCCAAUGGCGGUGGCCUCGGCUCCAUUUGUAUCGGAGUGGGAGGAGCGGACGCUGUGGACGUCAUGGCAGGAAUCCCCUGGGAGCUCAAGUGUCCCAAUGUGAUCGGAGUGAAGCUGACAGGAAGUCUGUCUGGAUGGACCUCUCCGAAGGACGUCAUCCUGAAAGUGGCCGGCAUCCUGACGGUGAAGGGCGGCACCGGAGCCAUCGUGGAGUAUCACGGACCGGGAGUGGACUCCAUCUCCUGCACAGGAAUGGCCACAAUCUGUAACAUGGGCGCUGAGAUCGGAGCCACCACCUCCGUUUUCCCGUACAACCACCGCAUGAAGACGUACUUGGAGAAAACCGGCCGUGGAGAGAUCGCUGUAUUUGCCGAUCAGUUCAAAGACGACUUGGUUCCAGAUAAGGGCUGUGAAUACGACCAGGUCAUCGAGAUCAACCUGAGUGAGUUGAAGCCCCACAUCAACGGGCCCUUCACCCCCGACCUGGCCCACCCUGUGUCUGAAAUCGGGGUCACGGCUAAGAAGAGCGGCUGGCCCCUGGAGGUGAAAGUCGGUCUGAUUGGCAGCUGCACCAACUCCAGCUACGAAGACAUGGGCAGGGCGGCGUCUCUGGCCAAACAAGCUCUGGAUAAAGGUCUGAAGUGCAAGGCCCAGUUCACUGUCACCCCCGGCUCCGAGCAGAUCCGCGCCACCAUCGAGAGAGACGGAUAUGCGAAGAUCCUGAGUGAUGUCGGUGGGAUUGUCCUUGCUAAUGCGUGUGGACCCUGCAUCGGACAGUGGGACAGGAAGGAUGUAAAGAAGGGAGAGAAGAAUACAAUCGUCACCUCCUACAACAGGAACUUCACCGCCAGGAAUGAUGCUAACCCUGCUACUCAUGCUUUCGUCACCUCCCCUGAGAUCGUCACAGCCAUGGCCAUCGCCGGGACCCUCGACUUCAACCCAGAGACCGACUACUUGACCGCUGCCAACGGAGAGAAGUUCAAGCUGGAGCCCCCCACCGGUGACGAGCUUCCCUCCAGAGACUUCGACCCCGGCCAGGACACCUACCAGCACCCCCCCGCCGAGGGUACCUCACUGAAGGUGAACGUGAGCCCCUCCAGUAACCGUCUGCAGCUGCUGGAACCCUUCGACAGGUGGCACGGAAAAGACAUGGAGGAAAUGAGGGUCCUCAUCAAGGUGAAGGGGAAGUGCACCACCGACCACAUCAGCGCCGCCGGGCCCUGGCUGAAGUUCCGCGGUCACCUGGACAACAUCUCCAACAACAUGCUGAUCGGAGCCGUCAACAUCGACAACGAGGCCAUCAACAAGGUGAAGAACCUGCUGACGGGGGAGUUCGGAGGGGUGCCUGACGUGGCCCGCCACUACAAGGCCAACGGAGUUAACUGGGUGGUUGUGGGAGACGAUAACUACGGAGAGGGAUCCAGCCGAGAGCACGCCGCCCUGGAGCCUCGUCACCUCGGAGGACGCGCCAUCAUCGUCAAGAGCUUCGCCAGAAUCCACGAGACCAACCUGAAGAAGCAGGGCCUGUUGCCUCUGACGUUUGCCGACCCCAAAGACUACGACAAAAUCCGCCCCGAUGACAAGAUCUCAAUCACCGGGCUGAAGACCUUUGCUCCCGGCAAGUCCCUGACAGCCGUGAUCAAGCACAGCGACGGCAGCCAGGAGUCGAUCACUCUGAACCACACUUUCAACGAGACGCAGAUCGAGUGGUUCCAGGCCGGCUCCGCCCUCAACAGAAUGAAGGAGCUCCAGUAAUCAACGACGAGAGGAGGGAAGGAAGGCGGGGCCUGUAGGGGGGCCAAUGAGGGGCCUUGGCGUGGGUAAAGAAAGGGGAGAAACGUGGGCCUAGAGAGGGCAAAGAGGAAGAGACGAUGGAUGGUAACCAGACUUUAGUUUGUUUAGGGACAGCUGUAGUGAUGCUCAAUUAAAAGAAACACACACACACAAUGUCGCUGUACAGAUGAAAAGCGCACACACACACACAUGAGCACGUACAGUUCACGCACAGCCAGGAUUACUGUUAUUGCACCACCAGGCAGAUUCACACAACCACACAGAACCACAGCUUGGAUCCACUCCUAUAACGAUUAUCAGAUUUAACACGCCAUUUAUUUUCCCACUUUAGUCUGAAGUAACCAAACCUGAUCUACACGCAGAAUAUUAUAAAAAAGACGGUGUUAGCAGACGAGUUAACGGCUUCCUGCUUCAAUAUCAACUGUAAAAUCCACUCAUUCUCCAUUUCACAUCCUUUUUAAGUGUCUGUCUUGAUUCCAUCCAAACGGUUCUAAAAUCAGAGUCAUUUAAGUCCUAUGAAUGUACUUUUCCUUUAACUUCAUCCAUAUUUAUUAUAACAUUGCACCAGAUGUAAAUGAAAGCCGUUCGUUUUCAUUCAUUUUUCGUCUUUGUUCGGCUGCUAGAGUCACCCUUAUGGACCUGUGCUAGUUGAGAGCCACACUGUAGACGGCGCAAUUAUUGACUGUAGUGGCAUUAUUGAUAUCCCAUCAGCCCCUGCUGCAAUGUAAUGGUACACACACACACACACACACACACACACACACACACACACACACACUCCCUGCUGCUCGUCCAACGCUUGCUCGCUCUUUCCUAAAUCUUUCAUGUGGUAUCACAGCCCGUUGUGACAACCUGGGACUGAAACCAGACACAUACGACCAUUGUGUUUGUGUGGACUCGCCAAUUUUGUUUAUUUCCAUGUGUGUGUGUAUAUAGACUUUUUGUUUUGGUGGUUAACAUCAGUCUGCUUCCCUCUUUGCUCUCCCUUAGGCCUGUUAAUGUAGUCCAAACCUCAACCUGAUAUGUCACUCGAGCUUCUAUUGGUUAGCGCUCCAACACAUUGUACGUGUUAGGCAUCUCCAUAAGCAUGGAGACAUGUCACAGUAGAGGCUCUCCUGAAACUGAGGUUGAGGUUUGGUUCGCCAUAGCUUGCUGUCCUCUUACACAAACUAACGCACAAUCUAGUGUCCAGACACCUGUUUACUAGCACUUUGAAGAGUUAGGAGAGUUGUUUUGGGACUGCUUCGCCCUGCUUGAUUCAUCCACUGCAAACAUUUACGUCUUCAGUGCACAUCUUCAGUAAUAGUCACUGUUAAAGCACCAGUUAUCAGACAGUAGAAAAACAAAAGUCUUGCCAUGACGUUGAAUCGGUGGUUAAAUAUAAUUGAGGUGAUCGCUGCUGUUAUGGGUAAUGUGGCACCUAUAAAUCUUCACAGUAAAAUCGUCAGGAUGAACGGUUCCUGAGCUCAGUCCCUAUGAAAAAAAGUUUGGACCUGUGUGUAAAUGAUGUGAUAUAUAGCUGCACUUUGUAUAGGGGCGUGUACAUAAAUCAUGAAAUAGAUAAAUAUAUAUAUUAAAACAAAGAAAGAGUGUGGGCUGCCUGUCUAAAUGAGAGCGGUUAACAUGAUGUAGAGUCCCCCCUGUGGUCGUCAAUUAACUGGCAUUAAUGUAACGUGUUAAAAACCACAUUGCAUUGUGGGUGAAUUAAAGCACAGAUACCGGAUUGUAGCUGUGGGCUUUGACAGUUGUUAGGGACUUUUAGGAAGGGGACUUUGUGUAUUUUUUUCUUGAUUUUUACUUCUGUUCGAAUAGUUUUAAGGGGAAAGGUGAUUUGAAAGAGCGGACGGCCAACUUUUAAGACGUUUUUGGACGUCAAUGACUCCAUUCAGGGGUUCAUAUAUUCAACUGAAAAUCAUCGUCACUGCACACUCCUGUGCCACUGUAUUCAGAUUUACUGCCAAAGAUGCCUAAUGAAUAUGUUCAAGUAUCCACCCAUCAUUAUGUGAUCUGUGAAAUGUCCAUAAUUGUUUUAAUAUGUACAGGGAGUUGUUUCCUACAUAAAUCACCCGGUUUACCCAUCUUGCAAAAAUGCUGAUUAAUCUGAUCAUCCAUUGUCCAUUUUAAAACCAGCUGCUUGUGAAACACUUUGCUAAUGUAACCCUGAGUUUUUAAAGUUCUGUAAAGCGACAAAUCAAAUGAUGUUUAAAAAAAAAAAGCAUGUAUAUCAUGUCCUUUUGUACUCAGGCGUCCGGCUUCCUCUUGUGUGUUUGAAUUACCUUCACACCACGCUUCAUGUGUUCAGAUAAAGCUAACAAAGUAUGGAAUAUGUGAACAGAUGUUUUAGUGAUGAUUCCCCUCACACUCCGGUGUCAGCAUUAAACUCUUUGUAAAAGUAGAUGGUUCGAAUCGUCUGCGGUUUUAUUGCUUGAGAGAUUAAAAAUAUCUUGAUAAAAUGAAUAAAGAUGACAUUCAGAAGUGAA